GUACCUCUAACACCAACAAACCGCGGACCGCCUCGAAACCAGCAUUUGUUCCUAUACCCGCGAACUUGCAGCCUGGCCACCAUUGUUUACUUUGGCCUUUAGCGGCCAACCUAUAAAACUCUAAUUGAGGCUAUACUAUCCAAUUUUAAACUGAAUAAUUUCUUUUUUUGUUUGGCUUCUAAGCUCUUCCGCAAUGGCUGACGAAGCCGAGAAGCCAGCCGAGAGCGCGGUCAAGGUUCGCGAGUCCAUCGAAGCUAAAGCAAUUACCGAUACCAAUACCGACAAUGCCCCUCAAGAUUCGGACUCAAAUAAGGUCGCCACUAACUCUGGCGAUGCUGGCGAUGCUGCUGGCAAAAACGGAGAGGAUUCUCGGGGAGGCUCGAGUAUCAACGCUGCUGCAGACGCGAGCGCAGACGCAGACGCGGAUGCGGAUGCGGAUGGCGACGCGGAUGCUGACGGCGAGCCUGAAGAGGGUCGCACACCGAGUCGUCUCGAUCACGACAUGCUAAUAGUCAUUGAAAAUACGGCAAACUAUCUCUCUACUUAUAGAGAUGCCGACGGUUACCAUGUUGCCUCACACUUCCAGCGCAUUCCGAACCGACGACUCAUCCCAGAAUACUACGAAGUUAUAAAAGAGCCAAUCGCUUUCAGUACAAUCCGAACCAAAAAGCUUAAAAAGCAAUACACCGCCUUCUCCGAAUUCGUCAGGGAUGUCGCUCUCAUCUCCCAUAAUGCUAUGGUUUAUAACCGACCUUCCUCGGAAUUCUUUCAGGACGCUGCUCGUUUACGGGAGAUCUUUAAGGAAGAACUCCAAAAGCUAGUCAACGAGGGAACCAUAAAGCCUGAGGAUGCGGUACUCCCCGACUUAGGAGAGAUUCCCGAGGCAGAAGACUCCCCUCCUCCGGAUGCAGAAGACGAAGAGGCAGAAGAGGAGGAUGAAGAAGACGAAGAAGAUGACGAUGACGACGAUUCGGACGAUGAGGGUGGACGGCGGCGAGGGCGGCGAGGUCGUCACUCAACUUCAGGACGAAAAACUGAUACGAGAGAUGAUGAUUCCCACAAGAAGCGAGGCCGUCCUCCCAAGGUUUUCACCCCACUGGAAGCCCGCAUCCAUGCGCUGCUGAAAGGCCUCCGAAAGCCGAAACAUCCUGAUGGCGAUCUGCUAAUCAUCCCGUUCGAAAGGCUUCCAGAUAAGCAGGCGACUCCCGAUUACUUCGCUGCCAUAAAGAAUCCUAUAGCAAUGGAUCUAAUCAAACGUAAGGCCAAGAGGAAGAAGUAUCAGAACGUGGACCAAGUACUAAAGGACCUCGAUUUGAUGUUCGAAAACGCGAAACUAUACAAUGAAGAGGGCAGUCAGAUUUAUAAAGAUGCGGUCGAGUUGCAGCGACAAGCCCAUAUACUUGCUGAGCAGGAGAAGGCCAAGCCCGACAGCGAAUUCGAGGGUGAGGACGGUAGACGACCCCUACCGGAAAUUGUCCAUAAAGGGGAGGUUUGGAAAGUUGGCGACUGGGUUCAUAUCACCAACCCGAACGAUCUGACAAAGCCUAUCGUGGCGCAGAUCUACCGAACCUGGGAAGACAAGUCGGGACAGAAGUGGGUAAAUGCUUGCUGGUACUACCGCCCUGAGCAGACAGUCCAUCGGUUCGAGAAGCAUUUUCUCGAAAAUGAAGUGGUCAAGACAGGCCAGUAUCGUGACCAUCGCAUCGACGAAGUUGUGGAUCGGUGCUUUGUUAUGUUCGUAACUCGCUACAACAGAGGUAGACCUCGAGGAUUCCCUAAGAACAAAGAUGUUUAUGUAUGCGAAGCGCGAUAUAACGAGGAGAAGCAUAAGCUCAACAAGAUCAAGACUUGGGCAAGCUGUUUGCCUGACGAAGUCCGGGACAAGGACUACGAGAUGGAUCUGUUCGAGGCGCCCCGCAAGCUGAAGAAGGUUAUCAGUCCCAUUAAACAUCUUCUUCAAGACGAUGCGAAACCUACAGAUCCCUUACCCAAGCCGACUUGGGGAGCACCCAAUGCGCCUCCUUUGAUAGGGGCCGUGCAUUGUCGUGCGAGAGAGCCCAAUGAAUCUCCACCCCCAGAACCAACGCCAUCCCCGCCUCCGCCGCUCCCCAUCAUGGAUUCAGUCCGUCGUCCUUCAAUGAUGGCAGCCCGCCCAAUUGACGGUCAGGGUGAUAUUGUUAUGGGUAAUACUCAUACUCCUCAUUUUUCCACCAUUCCAACUCCUUCCACACCGACGCCUGGACAUGUCGGUGCCUAUGUGCCACCUAACCCGUUCGCGCCGCGUCCUAGUCCAACUCCGGUUCCUGUACCACAAUAUGGCAAUCAUGCUGGCCCCCCCCAUCCCGGCUUUCCGGUUCAGGGUAUUCAAGGUCCUCCCCACGGCGCUCACGGUCACACCACACCACAGAUGACUCCGCAGAUGACUCCGGUACCACAUUUCCAACCGCACCAACCUCCUCACCCACCUACUCCUUACAACGGAUAUGCGCCUCAAUAUAGCGCUUCUCCGGUCCCUGUACCCCAUCAGCCUCACCACCCGCCUCCUCACCCAAUAAAUCCUCCAAUGCCUCCCUAUGACCCGUCGCAUCGUAUUGCGCCUACCCCUUCGAGAGCUUCUAUGGCCCCGGUGCCUAGUCCUGGCCCACACGGGCAAGCUAAUGUCUACAAUCCUCCCCGUCCGGUCGAAGUUUACCGAUUAGACGACGCAUUAAAUGACAAGAUUCCCGAAGAGGUUCGACAACAAUUUCAACGCGAUGAAGCUGGUCACGUGUUAUUCUUCACCCAACCGCCUCUGGACCGCCCGCACCGCGGUGUUUCCAGCGAGAGCGCUGGUCUUGGCCAUAGCGUCCGCUAUCUUGCCGACCGCUCUCGCGAAAUCCAGGAUCGGCGCACGAAGCGAAAGGCGAGAAAUGAAUUACGCCAGGCGGAAGAGAAGAAGCGGCAAGAGACUGCGAGACUCGACACCGAAAAGGAAACGAAGGAGAUAAUCGACCAGGCCUGCGGUGCCUUGGCCGACUGGGUCGGCUCUAUGAGUAAAGAAACCGAGAAACUAAUGCAAGUCUACGACGGUUGGAGCUGUCGCGAUGAAGAUAUCGAUAAGGUUGCCGGAACCAUAUCAGGAUAGAAUUCCGCCACGGAUUUCGGGCAAGGUAAUGAGCAGGGCGAUCGAUGAAUUUGCCCGAUAAGAUGUAAUUUCAUAAGGGUUAGGUACCUACCACCUACCUUACCUAUGGUAACCUAUGUUUCUUCGGGCUUGUUUAGUAUACCUAUUUCUACGGCGUUUAGGUAUUGAGGAGAGGGGAUAAAGGGUUACACUUUCAAGGAGUCAAAAGAUACCACCAACUUCUCUGGUUAUAAGGGCACUGGUAAAGUGAUUUAUUAUUUCAAGGAAGAUAAUAAAUAAAUAUGGUUAGAUUAGUGUCAGUAUUGGUAGGCCCUGAGGCAGUUAAUAUACAUGAUUUAUGAUAAA